AUGUCGGAGACCAAAAUGAAGCAGAAGGAGCUGAAAAGACGUCACAUUAUAGAUUCGAUCAAUCGCAUCGAUGAGUUUCUGGAAAACUUUCAACCCGAACGAGACAGCAAAGAAUUAGCGAUACGACUGAGCAGGUUGGAAAAGCUUAUGGAAGCAUUUGAAGCCAUACAGAACGAAUAUGAUACAUUUGAUGAUUCGGAAAAGUUUGUGGGUGCCAACCUACGCGUUAGAGCAGUUUUGGAAGAGCAAUAUUUUCGGAUUAAAGGUGGUUUGAUGGACUUGAUUCCACCUACUGCACCAGCACCUGUUCAAGCUGCACCUGUAGUUCCAGGAAUUCACCAUUUGAGUGGCGUGAAACUUCCGACUAUUUCCUUACCACAGUUCGACGGUGAUUUGAACGAAUGGCUAACGUUUCACGAUUCGUUCAAUUCCUUAAUACACUCGUCAGCAGAGAUACCAACCGUACAAAAAUUCCAAUACCUUCGAUCAGUGUUGAAAGGAGAUGCACUCAAGCUGAUUGAAUCCCUCACCAUUACUGCAAACAAUUACGGUGUGGCUUGGGAGGCUUUGCUGAAUCGGUAUUCCAACCCAUAUUUAUUGAAAAAGAAACACUUGCAAGCUCUUAUCGUGCAACCUAGGACCCAACCCAAAUCUGCUUCUACUCUUCGUGUCGUAUUAGAAGAAUUCCAACGGCAUGUUAAAAUUUUGCAACAACUUGGUGAACCGACAACACAAUGGAGUAGCUUGUUGGUACAGCUACUUUGCUCAAGGAUCGAUGAGCAAACACUCAAAGAUUGGGAGGAGUUCGUGUCUGCUGAUGGAGAGCCUACGUACACUAAUUUAGUAGAGUUCCUCACCAAGAAAAUACGCACGCUGGAAUCGCUUUCGAUCACUGCUGAUCAAUUUACACCAUCCUUUCAAAGCAAGCACAACCCUCCGUUGAAACAACCAAAAUCGUCCCAUGGUCCGUCUUCCUCCCGGAUCAAUAGUUAUGCUACAACAGAGAAUGAAAUGCCUGAAUGCCACGCAUGCAGUCAACAACAUCUCCUGGUGAAGUGUCCUGUUUUUCAGAAAAUGACUCUAAAGGAUAGGCUAAACAUGGUGAACUCUAAGAAGAUUUGCAGCAAUUGCUUCCGUGGAAAUCAUUUUGUCCGCAAGUGUUCCUCUAACUUUUCCUGUCGUAUUUGCCAAAAACGACACCACACUUUGUUGCACCCUGGAUUCGAAACGUCGGUGGCAAGUAAUGGUCAAAUUAAUCAAGGUACAGAUCAAGGUCAAAGUACUCAGUCCAAUCCUGUUUCCAACGCUGUGCUGCGAAGAGAAGUCGAAAUAAGCGAUAAUGUUGCCAAAGCCCCAGCUUCUUUCAACACAGUAUCGGAUACACAAACUGUGAAUGUGUUCCUUUCUACGGUCGUGCUCAUCGUUGUUGACAAAUAUGGGAGAGAGCACCUAGCACGAGCACUACUAGAUUCGGGUUCACAAUGCUCUUUGAUGAGUGAACGCCUUUGUCAACAACUGCGAUUGGUUCGGCAACGGAUAAAUCAACCGAUCUGCGGCGUUGGUGAAUCACAGAUUAGAGCAUUCGGUUUGGUGUCCACCGAAAUUCGAUCGAGGCUCGACGAAUUUUCGGUUUCCUUGAAUUGUUUGGUACUUCGUAACAUAACUACAAGCCUGCCUGCUGUAACAGUUUCAAAAACCAAUUGGAUCAUACCCGAGGGCAUCAAUCUUGCAGACCCAGACUUCAAAGUAUCAAGAAAAAUAGAUAUGAUCAUCGGAGCGGAGUAUUUUAAUACAUUCCUGAAGGGUGGCCGGAUCAGUUUAGGGAAAUCAUCACCUACGCUUGUGGAAAGCGUGUUUGGCUGGUUAGUGUCUGGAAAAUCGUCCUAUGAAUCAAUAACCCACACUCCGUUAUGUAAUAUUUCUACGUUGGAGUCACUCGAUACAAACAUCGGGAAAUUUUGGCGCAUUGAGGAGAUAAAUACAAAAAUUUUGUCACCAACAGAACAGCACUGUGAAGAGUACUACAAACAUUCAGUAUCCCGCGAUUUGACAGGAAGAUAUACAGUAAAAUACCCUAAACGAAAAGCGUUUCCCCAAAUGAUUGGUGAAUCCUAUCAAAAUGCAUUGCGACGAUUGGGAAAUCUUGAAAGAAAAUUAGAUCGAGAUGAUCAGUUGAAGGAGAGAUAUUACGCGUUCAUGAAGGGAUUUGUGGACCUUGGGCAUAUGCGUGAAGUAUUACCAGACGAAGAACCACCAAUUAUUUGUUAUUUGCCCCAGCAUCCUGUGGUAAAAGAGUCCAGCACGACCACCAAGGUCCGUGGUGUGUUUGAUGCGUCAGCCAAGACCAGUUCCGGUUAUUCCCUAAAUGAUGCAUUUCUAGUAGGUCCCGUUAUCCAAGACGAUUUGUACGCGAUUGUCCUGCGGUUUCGUAAAUAUCGAGUAGUUUUACUGGCAGAUAUUGAGAAGAUGUAUUGUUUCGAAGACGAUUUGUUUCUCCAAUGUGUGCUCCUUCGUUUCGGCAAAGAUCAACCUAUUACCAAAUACGUUCUCACUACGGUAACCUAUGGAUUAGCACCAUCAUCGUUCUUGGCUACACGAACGCUUCGUCAACUCGCUGAAGACGAAGUGGAUUCGUUUCCUCAUGCUGCAGAGGCUUUGAAGAAAGAUUUCUAUAUGGACGAUUUCAUCCGUGGCGAAAAUAGCGUCGAAUCGGCGAUCCAAUUGCGACGAGAGAUGACUGAACUGCUCAAACGAGGAGGUUUUCGACUGAGGAAGUGGUGUUCCAAUAUUCAAGCGGUCCUAGAGGGAGUUCCGGAGGAAGAUUUAGCCACUCAAUCCAACCUAUCGUUCGAUUCCGAUGAAACAAUCAAGACAUUGGGAAUUAAUUGGGAACCAUCUACCGAUCAGUUUCGAUUCAGCAUCAACAUCAGCAGGAAAGAGGGACCCAUCACCAAACGCAAGAUUUUAUCAGAGAUUGCACAGCUAUAUGACCCACUUGGUUUGAUUGCGCCGAUAAUCGUUCGUGCCAAAGUUCUAAUGCAACAGUUAUGGAUGCUGUCGUUGGACUGGGAUGAAGAGAUACCCAUCGAAAUUGAAACAACAUGGACUAAAUUUGUCAAUGAACUGCCAUACCUUGCCAAUUUCCGUAUAGAUCGGUAUGCCUUCGAGGAGGGAGAUGUACAAUUGCAUUGCUUUGCGGAUGCAUCCGACGUCGCUUACGGUGCAUGUUUAUAUGUUCGUUCGGUAGGGAUCAAUCAAGAAGUGAAGGUCGAAUUACUAACUUCGAAAUCAAGGGUGGCCCCAUUGAAAAAGCGGAGUAUUCCACGGUUGGAGUUAUGUGCGGCUCAAAUUGCUGCUCAUUUAGCUACAAAGGUUCGCAGUGCUUUGGAUUUAGAGCUUCGAUCCAUUUGGUUUUGGUCUGAUUCCAUGGUGGUUUUGCAUUGGCUCCGCUCUCCAUCUCAAACAUGGAAAACGUUCAUUUCGAAUCGUGUUGCCGAUAUACAAAUCCUCACCCAUGGUUCCAGGUGGCGACACGUGCCCGGAUUGGAAAACCCUGCCGACUUGGUGUCACGCGGAAUGGAAGCUGAACAGUUGAUGACGAGCAGACUCUGGAGGCAUGGACCCGACUGGUUGCAGAAGGGGGAAGAUACCUGGCCGAAACAGGUACUCACUCUUGCCGGUUCAUCGGAAGUGUUACUUGAACUUCGCGAUGACUUCUGGCCAACCAACGGUAGAAGAGCCGUUCGCAGUAUAAUUCGGAACUGCGUCCGCUGUACCCGAACCAAUCCCCAUCCUAUUCAACAGCCUGUUGGACAAAUUCCUCCAGCUAGAAUCACUCCCAGCCGGCCAUUUGCUUCAACCGGCAUAGAUUAUUGUGGUCCAGUAUACGUAAAAGCAAAACUUCGCAAAGGUGCACCAAUCAAAGCUUAUAUAGCGCUCUUCGUAUGCUUCAGUACCAAGGCUGUUCAUAUUGAACUGGUGGGAGAUUUAUCCACAUCAUCCUUCAUCUCUGCACUGAAAAGAUUUAUCGCUCGUCGUGGCUUGCCAGCGAACAUUUAUUCUGACAAUGCCACGAAUUUUGCUGGAGCUAGGCACGAGCUGCAUGAACUUUACCGAAUGCUAAAUGAUCGAAUGGAGAAUGCUCAUAUCGCUACCUGUCUCGCAACGAAUGGAAUAAAGUGGCACAUGAUCCCCCCUCGUGCGCCAAACUUCGGCGGCUUAUGGGAAGCUGCUGUUAAAGUGGCUAAACGGCACUUACUACGUCAAGUUGGAAACAGUACGUUACUACAAGAAGAUCUCGAAACAGUGUUGGUGCAAAUCGAGGGGUGUAUGAAUUCUCGCCCUCUGGUCGUGUUAUCAGACGAUCCCAACGACCUUCAAGCGCUCACACCUGGACAUUUCUUGGUGGGCUCAUCCCUGCAAGCCAUUCCGGAGCCCGAUUUAAGAGAAACACCAAUCAAUCGUUUGGAUCGAUACCAGCUAGCCCAGCAGAAAGUUCAGCAUUUUUGGUAUAGAUGGAUGGUUAACCUUGGAAUUGGCGUCGUGUACUGUUCAAAUUGA